UGGACCGAGACAGAAUCUCGUAACAUUCAGCUUGAACUAUGUUCAAUAAAGCAUUCAAUACGAUAUGCAUAAUAUAAAAUAGUUGAGUUGAAUAGCUCUGUCGUUGUGUCAGUACUGAAUUGAAAUUAGAGCAUACAUUCGAGUAUGUCUCUCCGAUCUUUAAUGGUUUAUCGCUUCAUAGAGGACAACAAACAUGAAGGCAGGAAUCUUUCACUCAGUCUACUUUUUUCGCGGCGUUAUCCUUCAGUGGAACGUCGGAGCUUCCUUACAAUGGGGCAAGACUACGUAAAAAUGCCCCUGGAGUACGAAUACUUCGGAAGUCGCAUUCUGGAUGUUAUCCUUAAUGACUCUGACAGGUUUGUGCUGAAGUCUAAAUUGGAGAUCAAUCGGUUAAAUGCACCGAUCUACGAAGUGCCCCUGGACGAAGUGUGUGUGGGCGCGGUGCUAUGGCCUGUCGUAAUUAUACAACAAGGAGAUCUAUUGGCGUGCUCUGUUCCGCUCAUAGACCGAAAGAUUGAGUCUGCAAAUGAAUCUUAUUUUUUGCCAUCUGUGGUUGCGGCGUACGAACUGCUCACUUCAAUUAUGUCAUUCGUUGCUCCUUUCGCUGCCGACAAAGCAACCUUGUCAAGUAAGCUGGAUAACGAAGUGUCUUCCUUUCUUAGUCAGAACUGUCCCUUUGGAACACCUUCUUCGACCAACAUUCCACUGAGUCUCAAAAUCGACCAGUUUGUAUAUCCUUCCCAUCUAAACGCGAAAACUAAAAAAAGCCCUAUCUUAGACGAAAAAAUGGCAGCUUGGCGACCCUUUGUGACAUCUGGUAAAAACACAGUUGUAUUCACUUUAGUUGAGAAGUACAAUGCUGAAAUGCACAGCGAAGUUUGCGAUGGCAACGGUCAGGGGAUCGUCUCGGGUUCGCUUAAUGCAAUUUGUGAUCUUAAUGGAAUCUUGCCUGAAAUCGAGUUCGAACUGAAAAGCAGCAAGUCUAUUUUUGAGUCGGUUUUAGUUCACACGAGUGUGAAACAACACGAGAGCUUCUUGAACAAUGAAAUUAAGUUCAAUGUGUGUCCGCCAGUUGAAACCUUUACAGUUGUGAACUAUAACUUACCCGAAAUUUUAGUAACAUCAAAUCCCCUAAUUAAGUGCAACUAUACAGUUAAGUGGGCUGCAAGGGAUCGAGGUGCGAGAAUCAAAUUCGAAGUAGUUAGUGUUAAUCCCGUGAUGCAAUCUGCCAAAUUGGAGUUUCUUGAAGUCCAGUUUCCUUUCGCGAAUAUGGAGACCUUUGUCCGAGAAGUGAAUAACGUCAAAUUAUCUUGUGGCAGCUAUGUGAUCAGCAAAAAAGCGAAGCGCUUCAUCUGGACUAUAGGAAGGGUUCCCUCUAUAACUCCAUCGAAACCAUGUGUGUGCAGCUUCUUUAUUCGGUUUUCAUCUAGAGCUUCACAGGGUUCAACUUUUGACUCUCAAUCCAUGCUUUCGGAAUCUUUAUUGGACGAGAGUUUGGUCAGCAAUUUCGACAACGAAAAGUUGUCCAAUAUUUACGCACAAGUUGCUUUCAAGAUAAACAAUUUCUCAGUCAGUGAUGCUGUGGUUCAAAGAGUGAACCUACUCACAGAGGGAAACAACUCCAAGAAACUGAAGUUCGACUUCAACUCCACCGUAUCUUCGGGAGACGUCAAGGUUUGGAACUCCUCCGGUGCAGUUCCCCCGCUGUGCCAAAUUCCAGAACUGGACCCGCCUCAAUCCAGGAGUGGAUCACUACUGAAUAUGUAGAUGUAUAUCUUUUAGCAGCUAUAGUUUGGUCAUUUAUUAUUUAUAAAUCAAAGAUUUUUAUUUUCACAUGUUGAGCUUUAAUAGCGCCAAUAUGAAUGAGUGUUGAUCAACGUGGUGAGGUUUUAGUUUUCGAAUUUCUUCCGACAGUAUAAAUCAAUUUUUGUCCAUUU